UGCCCCGCCCUCCGCCUUCGGAUCUUGGAUUGAGGGAUUUGGGUCACGUGGGCAAACCUGGCCUCUUCCUUGCGGCCCUGCUGGCUAGUUUCCGGUUCGGUGGGUCCAGGAUGACGGAGUCGGGCGCCUCUCCCGAGGACCCCUGGGUCAAGGUGGAGUAUGCGUACAGUGACAAUAGCCUGGACCCUGGGCUUUUUGUAGAAAGCACCCGCAAGGGGAGUGUAGUCUCCAGAGCUAAUAGUAUCGGUUCCACUAGUGCCUCUUCUGUUCCUAACACAGAUGACGAGGACAGUGAUUACCACCAGGAGUCCUACAAGGAAUCCUACAAGGACCGGCGGCGGCGAGCACACACUCAGGCUGAGCAGAAAAGGAGGGAUGCCAUCAAGAGAGGCUAUGAUGACCUUCAGACCAUCGUGCCAACUUGCCAGCAGCAGGACUUCUCCAUUGGCUCCCAGAAGCUCAGCAAAGCCAUCGUUCUACAGAAGACUAUUGACUACAUUCAGUUUUUGCAUAAAGAGAAGAAAAAGCAGGAGGAGGAGGUGUCCACACUACGCAAGGAUGUCACAGCCCUAAAGAUCAUGAAAGUGAACUACGAGCAGAUUGUGAAGGCACACCAGGACAACCCCCACGAGGGGGAGGACCAGGUCUCUGACCAGGUCAAGUUCAACGUGUUCCAAGGCAUCAUGGACUCCCUGUUCCAGUCCUUCAAUGCCUCCAUUUCUGUGGCCAGCUUCCAGGAGUUGUCAGCUUGUGUCUUCAGCUGGAUUGAAGAGCACUGUAAGCCUCAGACCCUCCGAGAGAUUGUGAUUGGCGUCCUGCACCAGCUGAAAAAUCAGCUUUACUGACCUGCUCUUGGAAACCUGUAGAACGACCUACAAGUGGCCCUGAGUCUCCUCCUGUUUGGCCAUAGAGCUCCUGGGCUUAAGAGAUUGAACUGCAACACCUUACACCGGUCAGCUGGUUUCUACUUGGUGUUUGGUUUCCCCAGCCUCACCUGAUUUUCAGUGGGGCUGGGCUGUUUAUUUUGUGAAAGCUUUUGAUUAAUUUAUUAUAUUGACUGUAAAACUCAAACUUAACUCAGACUUGCCCCUUUCCCAUGGAAGUUUUUGGGGUGGGGGGUCUGUUCUGGGCACCCUGAAAAGUUCCUUAUCUCUCAGCCCUUUCUCUGAGCCUGAUUUCUGCUCCUACUCUUAUAUUGGAAACAAUCUCUCUUUAGUCUCUAGGGCAGAAUUCAGCCCAAGUGUGGCCAUUUUGGUAGUAGCUGGAUGAGGAAAAGGGGUAAGAAGAAAUGCUCCCCUAGCCAGGCAGAGUGCAAGGCCACUAUGGCUCCACUAAAGUCACCUGGGCAGUCCAAGGCUUUCUGGCCAGGUCAAGGCAGUGCUUCCAGGUUCCUGUCCUCACCACACACCUUUCCUCCCAUGCUCUUGUUGACGGGGAAGCAAUCUCUUUUUGUUAUAAUUUGCCAGAAGGCACAUGUGCUUACAGGAGUAUUGGGGAUGAGAAAACACCCCCAUGGGGCAGUCAGGCCACAACUCCUUCUCCAUCUCUCCCUUUCAGGAUUUUUGGGCAUAUGUGCAUACACAUGCAUGCCUGGAGUGUUUCUCAAGCCACCAUGUUCAGGACUAAACCGCACAGUUGGCCAUGUGGGAUCUGGCCCCUUAACCACCAUACUGCUGGCCAGCAACCUCCCAAGCCAGCUUCUGCCUUAACUGGUCCCAUGGGUAAUAGCAUCCCACAGCAAAGGCAAGUGUCAUGCAGCACUGUGUGUUUGAAUUUUUAAUUUUUCUAAACAGUGAUGCAAUUUUCCAAAAGUUGUAAUUUCAGAAAAUUAACCAGGCCUCAAAACCAUUUUCAGCCUGUUAGCAUUUCUGAUCCUCUGCCAUCUCUAUGUUGCCGACAUUCUCCCAGGAUUUGAGGGUGAGGUCAAAGUAUUCAAAAGGUCUCCUGGGGUGUGUAAGCCCAGGAGACUCUGGGUCAAGUGUGGGCUACUCAUGUGCUGAUGAAUAGUACCUCUACCCUUGUCUCUUUGAACUCCUGCCUUCCUCAGUUUUGCUAUCUGGGAGAUCUGACUAUCAAGGCAAAAUUAAAUAUUUUUAUAUCAAACUAUAUUACAAUAAAUACUGCCAGAUGCUUUCCUGUA